AUGUCGAAUUAUAUAGAUUACAAUCAAAAGAUUGAUUAUGUUUUCAAAAUUGUGCUAAUUGGAGAUUCAGCAGUUGGAAAAUCACAGUUUCUUGCAAGGUUCGCAAGAAAUGAAUUCAAUGCGGAUUCUAAAGCCACCAUUGGGGUUGAAUUCCAGACAAAAACGCUUGCUAUGGAUAACAAGACGGUCAAAGCACAGAUUUGGGACACUGCUGGCCAAGAAAGGUACAGGGCAGUGACGAGUGCAUACUACAGGGGAGCAGUUGGUGCGAUGUUAAUUUACGACAUGACCAAGCGUCAGUCAUUCGAUCACUUGGCCAGAUGGCUGGAGGAACUGAGGGGUCAUGCUGAUAAGAGCAUUAUCAUCAUGCUCAUUGGCAACAAGUGUGACCUGGGAAGUCUUCGAGCAGUUCCAACAGAAGAUGCAGAGGAGUUUGCUCAGAGAGAGAAUCUCUUCUUUAUGGAGACAUCAGCACUGGAGGCCACCAAUGUUGAAACUGCCUUUUGGACAGUGCUGACAGAAAUAUAUAGGAUAAUCAGCAAGAAAACUCUUGCUGGCAAUGAUAAGUCGGAUGGAAAUCCAGGUGUCUUCAAGGGAACUAGGAUUUUGGUUCCUUCACAAGCGCAGAAUUCUGAAAAGAAGGGUUGUUGCAUGUAAUUCUAGUUUCCAAUUUGGAAAUUUGUUUGAUUUUUGGAAUGCUGUCUAUUUUAGUCUCCAUUUUUCGGAACAAUGCUACAUGUAUUCUUUAGAAAGUGGAUAUCCUAAUUAUAACAAAAGCUAAAUGAUGAGGUGAAAUUAUUGUAAAUUAAGAGAUAUUUUAUUAUGGAUUAUAAUAAUAGUUUUAUUUUUAAUUUUUUUAUAUAUUUUUACGAGAUAUUUCUUUUGUUGUUUGUGUUUUUUCUUCUUUUUUUCUUCUGACAAUUAAAAUGCAUAAUUGUCCUAUGUUUAUUUGUUCCAAGCACCUUGGAUCAGACAAGGACUGACAGACCCAAAGCUCUCGGG